AGAGAACUAACACGGCGCUGCUGUGCUGGCAGGAUGAUGAACGUCCCCAAAACCCGCAGGACUUACUGCAAGAAAUGUGGCAAGCACCGGCCCCACAAAGUGACCCAGUACAAGAAGGGAAAGGACUCUCUCUAUGCUCAGGGAAAGAGGAGAUAUGAUCGGAAGCAGAGUGGUUAUGGUGGUCAGACAAAGCCUAUCUUCUGUAAGAAGGCCAAGACCAUGAAGAAGAUGGUGCUGAGGCUUGAGUGUGUGGAGCCCAACUGCAGGUCCAAAAGAGUGCUGGCCAUUCAGAGGUGCAAGCACUUUGAGCUGGGAGGAGACAAGAAGAGAAAGGGCCAGGUGAUCCAGUUCUAAACUCAAUCUUGUUCAUUGUUAUGGAAUCCAUUAAAGUACUUGGAAAGAAAAAAACAAAACAAAA